AUGGGGUUUCUGAACAUUCUGGAGGACCGCCAUCUUGGGCAACUGGAGGUGCCCGGAACGGCGUUUCUUGACAACAGCAGCGGAAAGGACCUCGCGCCGGAGAAGGACAAGGCACUCAAGUAUGGCACUGGCAAGCACGCAGACACGGUUCUUGUGCCGCAGCCAUCGGAUGAUCCAAACGACCCGCUCAACUUCUCGCCGGCGAAGAAGCUGACCAUAACUUCGAUCGUUUCCUUUGGGACGGUCAUUUUCUCUGCUGUCAUUGCUCCAAUGCUUGCCCCCGGCCUGGUAGUCAUUGCCGAAGAGUUCAAGCGUCCACUCAAGGACGUGUCUCUCGCAACCGGAUACCAGUCCCUUGUUGCCGGAUGCUCGCUCCCGCUCGUGUCAGCUUGCUCGCGCAAAUGGGGCAAGCGCCCGGUGAUGCUGAUUUCGGCGCUGUUCGGAUUUGCCGGGUCCAUUUCCGGCGCUCUGUGGACCAGUUUCGACGGAUUGAUAGUCAGCAGGAUCAUCCAGGGCGGAAGUAUCGCGGCGUUCGAAAGUGUUGGCAUCUCGAUGAUCGGAGACAUCUAUUUCGUGCACGAGCGCGGCUUCUACAUGGCGCUCAUGCAGUUCCUCCUCGGGGCGACUUCGAACUUCACGGCGGUGGUUGCGGGACCGAUCAUAGCGAACCUUGGCUGGGAGUACCUUUUCUACAUGCUGAUUCCGUUCACGGGCGUCGAGACGGUGCUGCUGUUCUUCUUCGUGCCCGAGACGCAGUACAACCGCGGGACGGGCUUCGCUGGCGACACCGAGAUCAUCACCACCAAAGACGGCGGCAGCAUCCGGUCCAUCGAGACGGGGUCGACGCUGGUGCCGCAGAAGAAGACGUACUGGCAACAGCUGGCCGUCUUCACGGGCACCUACUCGGACGACAACUUCUUCCAGCUGCUGUUGAUGCCAUUCGCCAUCUGCAUCAACCUGCCGGUGCUGUGGUCAGUCAUCGUCAGCGGCGGGGCAGUGGCGCUGGUGGUGGUGCAGUCGAUCAUCCUGCCGCAAGUUUUCUCUGCGCCGCCGUACCUGCUGUCGCCGACGGGCGUGGGGUACCUGUCGAUGGGCCCGUUCGUGGGCGGGCUGCUGUCGGCCGUCGUCAUGGCGGCCAUCGGCGACCCGCUGGUGCGGUGGGCGUGCCGCAGGAACGGCGGCGUCUACGAGCCCGAGUACCGCCUGCUGAGCAUGGUCGGCGGCUUCCUCAUGCCGCUGGGCGCGCUGCUCUUCGGCUACCUCGCCCAGAACGGCGUCAGCUUCUGGGCCACGGCCAGCGUGCACGGCGUCGACGUCAUCGGCGUCAUCUGCGUCGCCACGUCCACGGCCGCGUAUGGUGUUGACGCCUACCGCGAGAUGGCGUCCGAGAUCUUCGUGCUGAGCGCCGCCUUCAAGGCCUUCGUCUUUUACAGCUUCAGCUACUUCGUCAACGACUGGACCGCGUCGGCCGGCGUGGGCCAGGUCUUUUACGUCCUGUCGCUCAUCACCACCAUCAUCAUCCUCACCACCCCCGUCAUCUUCGUGUGGGGCAAGGUCUACCGCAGCUACUGGGCCCGCGCGAACAUUCUUGGCAAGCUUCACCUACGCACUCACGCUGAGGAUUAG